GUGAAGGCGCGAGUGGCGCCUGCACAGUGUCUAUGGUAUAUUGCGCGUGGUGUUCAUUGCGGUGGUCUCGCCGCGUUCACACCACCAGAAGCGCGUUUCGUAAAUAUCUCAACGCCGCGAGUGCAUCCCCCCCCCAGCUCCACUGUAAAGCGGGGGAACUGAAAGAAUAAUCUCGUUGAUUGCCUGUGGCCAUGAGACUGUGUGCCGGCGGCGGCGUAGCUGCACUGCGGGGAGUUCGCGACCAGCUCAUGGCCAAGUUGCUCCGCCGCGCAUGGGCGCCCGAGCGCAGGCUUAUGGCGUCGUCAUCCGCCAUCCACCCUGCCGACCCACACGUCUGCAUUGUCGGCAGUGGCCCUGCUGGCUUCUACACGGCGCAGCACUUGCUGAAGCAUCAGCAGGCUGUUCGGGUGGACAUGUUUGAGCGUCUGCCGGUGCCUUUUGGCCUCGUUCGUUUUGGUGUCGCUCCAGAUCACCCCGAAGUUAAGAACGUCAUCAACACCUUCACGCAAACGGCUCGCUCGGAGAGGUUUCGCUUCCUCGGCAACGUGACGGUCGGACGCGACGUGUCCGUGGAGGAGCUGCGGCACGCGUACCACGCCAUCGUGCUGAGCUACGGAGCGGAGGAUGACCGGGCGCUGGGUAUCCCUGGUGAGGACCUGCGUGGAGUGUACUCCGCUCGAGACUUUGUGGGCUGGUACAACGGGCUGCCCCAUAAUAAGGACCUGAACCCAGACCUGAGCUGCGACACGGUCGUUGUGCUGGGACAAGGGAACGUGGCUCUAGACGUUGCUCGCAUUUUACUGUCUCCAAUCUCCUGGCUGCAGAAAACAGACAUCACUCAGCCGGCGCUGGAGGCCAUCACUCGAAGUCGCGUGCGCAAGGUUGUGUUGGCCGGCCGUCGGGGACCUCUGCAAGUGGCCUUCACCAUCAAGGAGCUCAGGGAGAUGAUUCAUCUGCCCGAUACAAGAGCCGUUAUCAAUCCUGCCGACUUUGACGGCUUUAAAGACGCGCUUAGCAGCCUCCCUCGGCCGCGCAAACGGCUAUCCGAGCUGCUGCUCAAGGCGGCGACGGAGCAGAGGUCACGUGACCCUGCGGUGGAGGCAGGCGGCCGCGAGUGGGAGCUGCUCUUCCUGCGCAGCCCCACCAGCAUCGUGGCCUCGGACGGGGGGGCCAGCCCUCACGUGGCGGCAGUGCGCUUUACUGUGAACCAGCUGGAGGGAGAGGGCGACGGCGCCGUUGCGGCGUCCACCGGGCGGGAGGAGCAGCUGGCGUGCGGCGCCGUCCUGCGCAGCGUCGGCUACCGCAGCCGCCCGCUGGCUCCUGGCGUGCCCUUCGACCCACGCCGUGCCGUGGUGCCCAACGCGCGUGGCCGCGUGCUCGCCCACCCAGGGCUCUACUGCAGCGGCUGGGUGAAGCGAGGGCCGCAGGGCGUCAUCAACACCACCAUGAAUGAUGGCUUCGAGACGGCGCAGAGCGUGCUGGAGGACCUGGCGACCGGGAAACUUGGGGCCGAUUCCAGUCGACCGGGGUUCCAGGCCAUCGACAAGAUUCUGGCUUCCAAAGGGGUGGCCACGGUGAGUUUCUCCGGAUGGGAGAGGAUUGACGCGGUGGAGCGGACGCGUGGGGCCGCCCUGGGGAAGCCUCGAGAGAAGAUGCUGGACGUGCAGGAGAUGCUGAGCGUGGCGGUGCAGUGAAACCUGCCUGGAUCCCCCCACCCCCUGACGUCUCUUGUACCCCUCUUCAGCUGGCACAGCCGAGCUAGUAUGGGGGCCCUCGUGGUACAGGUGGUUUUUCCACCGGCUAUGUGUCAGGCUGAGCCAGAACCCAAACCGUGAUGCCCUGGAGUCACAUCUGAAUCUGGCUUGGGGUCAAGCAGGGCCAGGGCUAAUUCAUUUUGUAUCAUUCGGUACGUCUCAAAGUGCGAUGCCGACGUUACGCAUUUUAAUUGCUUGUGAAAUCGGCAGCGUGACUGGUUCCACAGUGGAAAAAACAACCUGGCUCGUCUUGAGCUGUGCUGGGCUAGCUUGGCACGGCUCGGUUGUGAAGUGGAAAAAUAGGUUUUGGAACAUGGUACAGAACCCUAUCCUACUGUGCAGGUUGCUUCAAUAUAUUAUUGAAUACUUGGUUUACCGUAGCAGUUAAAAAAGUAUUCACGAUUCUGCAGGCCAUGCUUAAAAUUAAACUGCAGUGCACAGUGGUCGUUGUAUAACGUUCAUAAUGGAAUGGGGCAAGUUGGCAGGAAAGUGAAUCUGAACGAGAAGUGAUGAAGGUGCAAAUCUUAAAAUUCCUCUGCAGAUGGGUUAUCAUGCUGUUGUAUUUUUUAUUUGCACAUACAAACACAAUCGUGACCAGUUUAUCACUCUUGAAUGUUAAUUUUUUUAAAUUAUGCCUUUUUAAUAAUUGGUGAAUUACAUUGUGGAGCAGCUUUUACACAUUGUAGCCUUGGUGUGUACAUCAGGCAUUACCUAUGGAAGAGGCUGCCUACAAUUGCUUCUGGCUUCUUUUCAGAAUCAAGAAUGUGCACAUUAUUUUGCAGCUUCAUAGAUAAGUGCCUUGUACUAUACCUACUGCUAAUUAAGACCCAAAGACGGUAUUGGCCAAAUAUGUACGAACCCAUAUUUCUCAUGCAGAUAACGCUGACUACGUCGGGUAACAUCGUACACGCUAAACCUAUUUCACCACAGGUGGUUGCACACGGGACUUUGAACCAGGAUUUCAGUGGUGCUGGACCAAUGGAUCUGAGGUUUUUGUAUGAAGCACCCGGUGCCACCUAUAAUGGUUUACAUAGCCAUAUUUAUACCAGAGAAUGUAAGAAUUGUCGUAAUGAAGUGUGGCUGUUGAGUUCAUGGCUUGUGAAUGGAAAACAGAAUUAAGUAUAUUUAAUUUGUGUAACUGUGACACUGUUUAAUGUUUAAUCAAGUAAAUGCUUAAUACCUCAUACCACUACUGUGCUUUGACAGUUUUAAUGUAGAUGGCAGUAUUUUUUUAAAAAGUGUCCUACAUUCACGUUUGCCAAGAAACCAUUUGGCACUGUUUUACUUUUAUCCUGAGUAAUCAUCUUUUAAACCUAGUGGUCGUUUAAAUAAGUAUUUUAGCGUGUUGCCAGGUUGGUUUUCUAACUUGGUGCCUGAAAUAGACGGGAUUAAUAAAAUAAUUGUAUCGCA